AUGGCCUUUGCAGCCUCCCUGACCAACCUCCAAGCAGAGGCUAGCUGUCUUAUCUGCUUGGAUUACCUGAAAGACCCAGUGACCAUUUCCUGUGGCCACAAUUUCUGUCUUCCUUGUAUCCAGCAGUGCUGGGAGGGUCUAGAGGACAUCUACCCCUGCCCCAAAUGCCUCCAACACUGCCUUGACAAGAACUACAGAAAAAAUCAUCAAUUGUGUUAUAUACUUGAUACUAUUAAGCAACUUUUCACCACAAGGAGCAACAGCAUCCAAAGGAAAGAGAAACCUCUGUGUGAUAAACACAAUCUUCAGCUGGACCUCUUCUGUGAAAAGGACCUGAAGCUGUUGUGUCCCCGGUGCAGGAUGUCCUCUCAACACCUAGAUCACCACCUGAUGCCCAUUGACCAAGCUGCAUGGAGGCACAGGAGGAAGCUCAAAGGCUACAUGAAGUCUUUGAGGGGGCAAGUUGAACUUGCUGAAACGGGAUCAGAAAUACAGUCUUCACAGACAGUUAAGUUGUGGAGGAAAGUGCUAAAUAAGAAACGUGAACUGAACUUUGAGUUUGUGCGGCUUAAACGGUUACUGUGUGAUGUAUAUGAUAACAAUGUUUUUAAAUCAGUGAUGGAAGAGAAUGACAUUAAGGAAAAACUAAACGAAAAUAGAACCUUACUUUUAGAUCACAUUUCCACUCUAAAAAAUCUGCUAUGUGAUAUAACAGAGAAGUAUGUGCAGGCAGAUUUGGAAUUAUUGACAGACAUUGACAGCAUCCACGACAUGUACCAGAACUUGAAAAUGCCAGCAGUAUUUCCUUAUGAGUUAAAAGAAUUCAGAUGGUGCCUACCUCCACAGCACUUUAGCCUGGAUAAAAUAAUCAGCACAUUUCAAGUAGAUUUGACACUUGAUCCUGAAAGUGCUCACCCCAACCUUAUCAUAUCAGAAGAUAGAAAAAGUGUGAAAUACGGAAAGAUGCAAACAAACUUAUCCUACAGUCCCAAGAGAUUCAGUGUUUAUACAGCUGUGCGGAGUUCUGAAGGAUUUUAUAGCGGCAGGCAUUUCUGGCAGGUUGAAGUAAGAGGUGCAAGUCAGUGGGCUGUAGGUGUGUGUAGAGACUCCUUAACCCCAAAUACAGCUACCUUGGCUUCUAUAAAGGAUGGAUGCUGGAAAAUUCAGCAGUGGACUAACACAAGUGGUCCUUCUGAGAUUGUAAAACACAUGAAGAUUGGUGUUUUCCUGGAUUAUGAGUUGGGAGAGAUUUCAUUUUUUGAUAUGAAUACUAGCUCUUAUAUUGAUAAAUUUACUGAUACAUUUACUGAAAAACUUUGGCCUUAUUUAGCCACUGGACUGCCGUCAAAUCGUCUUACAAUCUGUAAAGUACCAGAUAAUUAG